AUUUUUUCAACAACCUAUUGUUUAUCACAAAGUCAAACUUGGCGUAUAUUUAAUGACGAUUUUAAAAUAGUGUUGCAUGAAUUUCAAUUUCUUUCCACAAUGGAUUUCUAUAGAUUGAUGCUAUAUAUCGUUUUAUUGCACUCAUUCAAAUCUACCUCAGGGUAUUCGGUGCUAGCUCUUGUAACCGAUUUUUUUCUUUCUAGCUAUGAAAAACUGCGAUGUCCUUUAGGUGAUUGCUGCAAUAACCAUUGGAUUCCAAAUAACACUACAAAACUACAAGAAUUAUUAAAACAAGAUGUCUUUGGUCAACAUAUUGCAACAGAGGUUGUUUCCCGUCAGAUAGAAGCCCACUUGUCCAAUCCUAGUCCUUCAAAGCCUCUAGUAUUAAGUUUCCAUGGUUGGACAGGGAAUGGGAAGAAUCAUGUUGCUUACUUAAUAGCCAAGAGCCUUUACAAGAAGGAAACAGAUAGUCAGUUCUAUCACCACUUCAUAUCCACAGUACACUUUCCUCAUCAGCACAAUACACAACUAUAUCAAGAUCAAAUUAGAUCCUGGGUGAGUGGUAAUGUCAGUAGAUGCACCCAAUCGCUUUUUGUUUUUGAUGAAGUAGACAAGAUGCCAUCAGGAGUAUUGGAUGGUAUCAAAGCUUAUUUGGAUUAUGUUGACAGAGUGGAUGGUGUUGACUACAGGAAAUCCAUAUUUAUUUUCCUGAGCAACACUGGAGGUAAAGAGAUUACUAAAAAAGUACACGACAUCUGGUUGAAAGGGAACGUCAAACGAGAGGAAUUGACAGUGCGAGAUUUUGAACGACUCGUUGAGCUGGGAGCUUUCAACGAAGAAGGUGGCGGGUUGCAUCAGAGUCGCCUGAUUGAGAAACAUUUAAUUGACGUCUACGUUCCUUUCCUGCCCAUGGAAAAAAUACAUGUCCGACUGUGCGCGGAAAACGAAUUUAACAAACAAAAGUAUUUUCCAAGAAACAAAGAAGCAGCUUUACAGAAAAUUGUUGAUGGACUCCAUUAUUACCCUGAAGACAAAGAGCUCUACUCGACAACUGGCUGUAAAAGAGUGGCCCAAAGAGUGAGUUUGUACAUAGCCGAGGAACGUUACAACAAUCGUGCAUAUGGAAGACGCCACCAUGAUAGUAGUGAACUCUAAACUGUUUCACUACUCUUUAAGAUGUUUUAAUGAUGGGAGAAUUGUACCCCCUGUUGAAACAUAAACUGUGAUAAAUCUGUCA